AUGGUUGUGCUUGUAUCGAAGGAGAUUAAAGAGGAGAGCAGGCGAGGGUUGAGGGAGGCGGGGUGGACAGUGAAGGAGAUUGAGAGGAUUCGCAACCCCAACGCAGUGAAGGGGACUUAUAACGAGUGGAACUACAGCAAGCUGCGGCUGUGGCAGCAGGCGGAGUACACCAAGCUGGUGUUCAUUGACUCGGACCUGCUCCUCUUGAACAGCGUUGACUUUCUCUUCUCAUACCCCGAGAUCUCCACCCGCGGAAACGACGGCUCGGAUUUCAACUCGGGCGUGAUGGUCCUGGAGCCGUCGGAUUGCACGUUUGAGCUGCUGAUGGGAAACCUGGAGCGCGUGAGAUCGGCGAAUGGGGGGGAUCAG